AUGCUAAACUACCAGCAGCAAUUGCAUUCGCUGCCCGUCGGCAAUCCGGGAAAUUUUUACUACGGACCGACGGUUUCCGGCGAGAUAUACCCAUCUCAGCAAUCGCUUAACCUGGAGUCCGAGGACAAACUGGAGGAUCGGGAAGAAAGUGGCAGGAGCCUGGAAAAAAUGCACAGAUUCUCCGUGGAUAAUAUCAUGGAAAUGAAGCACGACGCCUAUUCCAAGGGAAAAAUGGCCAUGGAACUUAGUGGCAACUUUGGCACCACCGGCGCAGGAUGCGGUGGCGGAGAUCGGGAAGCUCCCUGCUCCGGAAAUCUGCCGGCUGGUGGUGGCCACCACUCGAGGAAGCCGCGCCGCAAUCGCACCACCUUCAGCUCCGCCCAACUGACUGCCUUGGAAAAGGUCUUCGAACGCACCCACUAUCCGGAUGCCUUUGUUCGCGAGGAGCUGGCCACGAAGGUGCAUCUGAGCGAGGCCAGAGUUCAGGUCUGGUUUCAGAAUCGGCGUGCGAAAUUCCGGCGGAACGAGCGGAGCGUGGGCUCCAGGCCACUUCUGGAUACGGCUCCUCAGUUGGUGCCGGCGCCGAUUAGCAAUAAUAUGCACAAAUAUGCCAAUAUGCCACACCCACCGCCGCCACCGCCCCCCGGCGCGUACGCCCUCAACUUUGGGCCACUGGAGCUGCGCUCGUGCCAGAACUAUACGAACUGCUACGGGGGAUUCGGGUCGAGUGGUGCCAGCAGCAGUGGCGUCUGCUCCUUCUUCGGGGCCACCAACUACAGUGUGGCCGCCAAUUAUGCGAAGAACGCCUAUCCGCCGCUGUGAUGGCGCGGCUAGCUUUAAUGGGCCCCACGAGGUUACUUCAUGCAUAUGUAUUUCAAUUAGCCAAAUUGCAUUAAUGCUUAAAAACGUAUUAGGACCGGCAUAUGCGCCUACCUGACUAAUAUUUAUACUUAUACUUAUGCCGACACAGAUGCAGACACAUUCACAGAUAUAGAUACAGACACAGAUACAGAUACAGAUGUGACGCACUGAAGGAGAAAACCCAAUAAAUAAAAUUUUCUAAGAAAACACGGGCAGUGUGUAUUUGA